AAAAAGGAAACAGAGGUUGAAAACAACAAAACUACGACCACAACAAGUAGAAAAGGGUUUGUCCACAAAGCUAAACUCUCCUACAAAAAACUAAAAGCCUCCAUAGUCCAUAGUCUUUUUCAAAGUUCAACCUCUGUUAUUAACGCGUACACACUGAUAACCAGAAAACACCGAGAAGAUUUUCCUCCACGACCGCCUGCUCGACAUCCUUUUUUCUUUCUUUAAGAGGAACCACGCAGUGACGGGAAUAUGAGCGACGACGAAGACGAGUGGGUUGAGAACGCCAUGACCAACGACUCGUUGGUGGCACACUUGUUGCUACGGCUGAAGCUUCCGCGACGUCCGCCGCGGGUUCCAGACAGGCCACCUCUCAAUAUUGACUGGAUGGUACGCCAGCGGCGUUCGAAAUCGGUACCGACUCAAGAAGAAGACUGCAAUAACAAGACCGCGACGGAGAGGGCUAGUCCGACCACUCCACUCUCCUGGAGCGGCGCCACCUGCGCCAGUGGCGGCGCACCCGAUGGCUUCGAGGAGUCCAGCCGGCCCGCCAAAACGACGAACGGUUCGAGAUCUAAGGUAGCUGCUGGGGGUGAAACUACCAACACCAAGAGGCCAAGGAAGAAAAAGUCGAUAGCUGAACUUAGAGAGGAGGAAAGUUCUCUCAUGAAGGAAAGGAUAAAUUUGAAAAAUCAACUGGCAGCCAUGCGCCUCACUUUUGAGAAACAAAGAGCUGCAAACAAAAGCUUGAAGAAAAUAAAGGGUGAUUUGCAGUCGUCGCCCGAGACAAUAAAAGCUAUAACCACUAUGGCAUCCUCGGAAGCUGUCACUGACCGACCCCAGAAAAUGGAAGAAGAUUGUGGUGAGCCUGCUGCAAUUUCUCCAUCAGGUUUCGAUCACUCGCUGGCUCGUUGCAAGUUCCAUUGCUUUGUGGGACACGUGAAAUUGCCCAAAUACUCGAAGAACAGGAAAGAAAACUCUCAUAUGUGUCCAUGCGUGUCAAAGUCAGGCUUUUAGUUUGGAGUUGUCGUCGGUGCAUGAUAGAAUUAAAAUUUUCCAAUAUAUUAUGGCAUCACUUAAACUCAACAUGAAUUACUAGCAGAAUUUCUAACGUGGAUGAACUCAAAUACCUUAGCUUGAGCAACAGUCGACUUGGUGCUGUAAGGCUCAUCAAAUAGUUUAGGCCGGCAUGCAGGCUGCAACUGUAACAGAUUUUUUGAAGAAAACUGAAGCAAAAGGGGAAUUCAUAGGCCAGGCUUGCCCAAAGUUGUUUGAACAUACAUAAUUAAUCCACUAAGCUUAGUUCAUUCCUCAAGAUAUAUUUGUGAUACCCCAUAUAAUAAGGAUAAUGAUAGGUGGUAUAUAAAAUCCCACAUCACUUAGAAAAGAGAAGUUCCUAUCGCUUUAUAAGGUUCCAAUGAAGCUUCAAUUGUAUCAUUGACUAGUCUUUUUUAGAGUAUAGGUCACAUAGUUUGGAUCUUUCAUUGGAGCGUUAUAACAUUAUUCAAAGGAUUGAUAAUAUAUGUUCAUAUUACAAAUCUCACUUCCAACUAGACAACUGAUAUUAAUUUUCUAAUUUCAGUUAUCCUUAUCAAGUGCUGGCAAACAUCCAAGUAGAAUCUCAGCAGCAUGCUCCAAUUCCUGCUCUGAGAUGAUCAAUGGUGGCAGAAGCCUAAUAACAUUUCCUUUUCCCGCAGUUAGUAUUAGAAGGCCUGAGUUUCGAGAAGCAUCUACAAUCGGUGAAGCAGAUACAUCCAGUUCUAUCCCAAUGAUAAGACCUAGACCUCGUACAUCUCUCACAUGAGAGUUCCCUCCUAGCUUUUUAAUCAGCAGUUCUUUAAAAUGGUGACCUUUCUUUGA